UGCCGGGAGCUGUAGGCGGUAGCUGUUGGCGGCGGGGGAAGCGGCGGCUGCAGUCGAGCGGCGGCGCGGCUCUCCUCGCCCACAGGCUGAUGCCCGUGCCUCCCUGCCAUGAGUCUAUGAGCCCGCUGCGGAUCAGCGUGGGUAGCCUGCCCGUCCUCGCGUCCAUGACCAAAGGUGCCGACCCCCGCUUCCGCCUGCGCUGGAGGGCCAUCGUUCUGUCCUCUGCCUGCGUGGGCUUCGUGCUGCUGCUCUUCUGCCUGCACCGCUCCCCACCGGCACGGCCCAUCGCGCCCAACUCGCACAGCCGGCACCUCUGGCUGCAGGUGGAGGAUCGCUACAAUGACACCUACCCACUGUCCCCACCCCAAAGGAACCUCGAGGGCGUGCGCUACCGCAUCGGGGUCAUUGCGGACCUGGACACUCAGUCCCGGGGCUCUGAGGAGCACACCUGGUUCAGUUACCUGAAGAAGGGUUAUCUGGUGCUGUCGGCCAGUGGGGACAGUGUGACGGUGGAGUGGGAUAAAGAGGAGAGUGUGCUGCAGUCCCACCUGGCAGAAAAGGGCCGGGGCAUGGAGCUCUCAGAGCUGGUUGUCUUCAAUGGGAAGCUGUACUCUGUGGAUGAUCGGACUGGGGUGGUCUACCAGAUCGAGGGCAACAAGGCGGUGCCCUGGGUGAUCCUCUCGGAUGGGGAUGGCACUGUGGGGAAAGGCUUCAAGGCAGAGUGGCUGGCAGUGAAGGACGAACACCUGUACGUGGGGGGCCUGGGCAAGGAGUGGACCACCACCACGGGUGAGGUGGUGAAUGAGAACCCCGAGUGGGUGAAGGUUAUUGGCUACAAGGGCGAUGUGAGCCACGAGAACUGGGUGAUGAACUACAACGCACUGCGGGCUGCGGCUGGGAUCCGACCCCCAGGUUACCUGAUCCACGAGUCGGCCUCCUGGAGCGACACGCUGCAGCGCUGGUUCUUCCUGCCGCGCCGCGCCAGCCACGAGCGUUACAACGAGAAGGCAGAUGAGCAGCGUGGCACCAACCUGCUGCUCAGCUCCAGCCAGGACUUUGGGGACAUCACAGUGGGACGUGUGGGUGAGGUGGUUCCCACUCACGGCUUCUCCUCCUUCAAAUUCAUCCCGGAUACAGAUGAUCAGAUCAUCGUGGCACUGAAAUCGGAGGAGGACAAUGGCAAGAUUGCCAGUUACAUCAUGGCCUUCACGCUGGAUGGGCGCUUCCUCCUGCCUGAAACCAGGAUUGGGAGCGUGAAAUAUGAGGGCAUUGAGUUUAUUUAACAAACUUGAAACCAGAGGGGUGAGGGAGGAUGGGAGGGCGUGGGCUGGGCCCUGCUGGUGUGCUCACAACAAGGAGCAGACAGUGUGCCUCCCGAUCCAGGGACGCAUGAAGCACUCCAAGCUCUGUAGUUGGCGUCCCGUGUAAAGCACUGGCUUUGCUGCAGCCUGCAUGGUGCGAGUGUUUCGGCAGUGGCACCUGGUGGCAAAGGACUGCCACCACAGGGUGUUGCUCCCUGCCACCAGCCCAGCCUCAGCUGCCGAAGCAGUCAAGGCAGUGAGGUUUCCCUGCACUGCAGGUGUUGGUGCCCAGAGUCUCUGCAGGGAGUCUUUGGCUCUGGUGACGGCCACGCUCUGGAUCUGCAACCAAGGAGGGAGCUCAGCUCCUCUGCCCCUGUGCCAGCCUGGUGCCCAGGGCACUGUCCUCACAUCCCUGCAGCUACAGUGCUGCAGCUGUGGAGCCUCUCCUGACCUUCCUGGGGAUGGGCUCUGACCUGAGCCUUGGGGCCGCUCCACACUCACAGCGUGUCCUGGGAGGAGAGGCUCUGCUCUGUGUCCCCAGCACCUUACAGUAGCACACAGGGUAUGUGUGUGAGACAAAUAUCCUCAAGAGAGGAAUGUGUCUGAGGGGGGCCGCUGGCCAGGUCCUACCCUGUUUCUGGCCCUCUUGGAGUCAGGGUGUUCACUGGGGCCAGCAGGGUGACAGCCAGGGCAGGGCGAGCUGAGACAUCACAGCUGUGGGGGAUUUCAUCAGGAUGUUUCUCACUGUGUUAGCUGGUUUUCCUUCCCCUUUUGCAUAAAUGGUGCAGCAAAUGUGUCAGUAACUGUCUGCUUGGUCAUUGUGUUCAUGGGAAGGCCUCACAGGGAGAGUCCCUUUGGAGAUACUGUGUGCCCUCUGCUCCCAGCCCGGCUCUCUGCCUCUGUUUUAGUGUCCAGCAUCUCUGGAGUUCUGUGGAAGGAGCGCACGCAGCUGGACAUGUGUUUCCGCUUAGCCCCAACAACAAUGACUCACUGCAGGGCACUGUGCCCUGAGCACACACAUUUGUCUGCCCUGCAGCACAGCCCUGACCCUGGUGCUUGGCCUCGGACUGCAGACCUCAGACGGCUGCUGCUCCCUGCCCACGUCAGCUGCUGUCAUGCUCCUCUCUCCUCACCUGCACUGUGCUCAGCCCAGUCUGGAGACAAUGGCUCUACAGCACCUAUCCCCUCCUCAUCCCACAGGCAGCGGGCCUUUGUGCUGUGUCCUCUCCACCCCAGCCCUCAUUCCAAGACCCCACCUCGUUCUCCAGGCUGCCAAACCCCAGGUGUUGGAGGGCUGCUGGGGCCACAUGGCACAACCAGGGCCGGGCUGCAGCAUCCCUGUGCCCCCUUCCCCCCCCUCAGCCCCACUGAGCACUUGGAGAGAGUGUCCACUGCCACAGUAUUUGCCCAGAGCCCAUUGCCAUCUUUCAUGCCACCACCCUGCCACGGAUGUGUGUGUGCUCACCUCCCACACUCCCUGCAGGCUCACACAGGGCUUGGACCGGGCUCAACUGCCCACGUUUCAGUUGUUUCUUCUAAAGGGCAAAAGCUCUGACAC